AUGCCGUUUCUUGGUCGGGAAAAAGGACGCAGUCCAAGAUCUCGCAGAUCGGAUGAUGAGUUUGUUUUAUUCCUCCAAGGGAUUCCCGCCCACUGCCGUUGGCAAGAACUGAAGGAUCUCGUGCGCCAGACGGCUCUGCAUAUCCGACAGGCCGUAGUAUACGACGAUAGUCAUGGGAUCCCCACAGGCCUAGGACAGAUCAUUGUGAAGAAUGAAGACGAAGCAUGGCGCACCUAUCACCGGCUGUCCACCAACGGAUGGGACGGCCAAAGCUUGGUCGUGACGCUGGCACGUACCAGCGCACCUACAAAGCCCAUUGCUGGACCUACUAGAAGUCCACCAGCCGUGGAAAGUAUGCAGAACUACACAUCCGGCCACACAACACCUCCAAGGUCUCAGGGAAACCUGACCGUGCCCCCAUCGCCCAUUUCACCAGAAUCCAUCAAUUCAGCUAGCUCUACCUACCCAUACCCAGACUAUGCGCCCAUGAUGGGCCCAAUGGCAAUUCCGACCCAGCAUUUCAUGCCUAUGAUGCCCGACCAUAUGGCACCGCCGAUGCAGUGCUUCCCACCAUCGCCACUAAUGCGUUCCCCCAUGUAUGACAACCAAGGCUGGAACAUGGUUCCAAUGUACCCGGUCUCGCCUCUCCAGCUAGUCCACGAUGUGGGUGAUGGUUAUGCUCGUCAAGAUCCACUCAAGCCGUGGGCCAACUACACGGAGCCCAACAGUCCGACCAGUGGCGCAGGCCAACGGGCCGUCUAUAUCCAGAACUUACACACAACCACCACGGCCGCAGAUUUAAAGACCUUUCUACAGGGUGCAGGCACCGUUGAACAGUGCAAUGUAGCGGCCAUCGAAACAUUGGACAACCGAAACCAAUUCCAGUCCCAACCCCAUGGCUCAGCCAUCAUGCGCAGCAUUGAGGAAGCCAAACAAGCUGUGGCCUUACUCAACAACACUUCAUUCAUGGGGGCGCAAAUUCGCGUACAAAUGGACAACGGAUCCAGCACAUCUCGCAGUAGAAGCUGGGACUCGGCAAUGACUACCUCGGAAGACCUAAGCGUACCUAACCUGGAGUUCAGCCACCAACCCUUGGAGAUUGGCAAGAUUGGACAGGAAUUACAGAACAAUAGGACAUUUGAUCCCCAUAAGCCCUUGGUAGUGGACGGAUCGGGAAUGCAGAAGCGGUCAUUGGAGCUGCUGUCCACAUCAGCACCGACCUGA